GCCUGUUUUGAGGCUAUUCUGCGGUUAUUUUUUGUGAUUUCCUUAUAGGUUGUUUUAAAUUUAAGUUUUAUGUGCAAAUUUUAGCUGCACAUCAAUAUUUAACCCACUCACUUAUCUGAAUCAGUACUGGCAAUGGCGUGGGUUUCAUGGAUUCUCUCCCGAAUAUGCAGUUCUCAUUAUGAUGGCAUGGCCAGCUAUAAGAAUUGAUCUACUUGUAUAUCUGAUGGGCCAAGGCCACCAAGAGACAGUCGCAACCUCUCUGGCUUCCAGCUCUACGUGGGACUCGUACAUCCUUGAAUGAUGGAUCAGCAGAUUCGAUUCUCAGCCCAGACCGAGAGACAGUUGCAAGUGCUUCCUCCAACGCCUACAGAAUAACACAAUAUUUUCCUUUACACAAUGGAAGCUGUGUACAUGUGUAUGGCUGACAAUAGUCUGCUCUAUUCCGGAUAAGUCAUUCCUAUUUGGUGUUCAUAUCUCUCAGUGUAACAUUUGCAGAACGUUAUAAAAAAAUGUUCUGAUGAGAUCCUGUUCCUUGAGAUACUGUCAAACACCAGGACCCCCUCUAAAACCAAGUAAUGACAGUAGGCACAUGCUGGAAAGCUGCAUCAGUUAUUGCUAAAUAUCCCACUAAGAUCAAGAGCGGGACAGAGGCCAAAAAACUGGAUGGGGUUGGAGCCAAAAUUGCUGAGAAAAUAGAUGAGUUUCUGGCCACUGGAAAACUGCGCAAGCUAGAAAAGAUCCGGCAAGAUGACACCAGUUCCUCCAUUAAUUUUCUAACAAGGGUCACUGGAAUAGGACCUGCAGCUGCUAGGAAGUUUUUUGACGAAGGAAUUAAGACAUUGGACGAUCUCAGAAAUAAUGAACAUAAAUUGAAUCACCAUCAAAAGAUUGGAUUGAAACACUUUGAUGAUUUUGAGAAGCGGAUCCCACGUAAGGAGAUGUUGCAAAUGCAGGAAAUAAUUCUAGAUAAAGUGAAUAACCUGGACCCCGAGUACAUCGCUACAGUAUGUGGAAGCUUCAGACGAGGUGCAGAGUCCAGUGGGGAUAUGGAUAUUCUACUAACUCACCCAGACUUCACUUCAGAGUCUGCCAAACAGCCGCGCCUCUUGCAUCAGGUUGUGCAGUGCCUGGAAGAUUGCAACUUCAUCACAGACACACUUGUAAAGGGAGACACAAAAUUUAUGGGGGUGUGCCAGCUGCCUUGUGAGAGUGACCAGGACUAUCCGUACCGGAGGAUAGAUAUCAGGCUGAUACCAAAGGACCAGUAUUACUGUGGAGUCCUCUAUUUCACCGGCAGUGAUAUUUUCAACAAGAACAUGCGAACCCAUGCCCUGGAGAAAGGCUUCACUCUGAAUGAGUACACCCUGCGCCCGCUGGGAGUCACAGGAAUAGCCGGUGAGCCUUUGCCGAUAGACAGUGAGAAGGAUAUAUUUGACUAUAUACAGUGGAAAUACCGGGAGCCAAAGGAUCGCAGCGAAUGAGUUUAACAUUUGGAGCGGUUAUUUGCUUUUUAACCCAUAAUAUACCUGUUCGCAAGCAAGUCUACAGAUGUUUUAAAUAAGCCAUCCGCUAAAUAGUGACAUAUAAACUCUCCAUUGGAGGAGCAGAUCAUGUGAUACUAUGUGUGUGUGUGUAGCUUGAUGACAACUAAAAGGUGCUGUUGUGGGUGCAUGUGUGUUUGUGCUUUUUGUGUGAAUAGGUGCAGAAUACUUUAACCAUUGCUCCUCUUGCAGUAGUUCCUAUUAGUGUUUUUCUUCUAUCCCUGCUACUUAAAGGGUUAAUGUUUAAUUUUAUCUGCACCAUUUUUAGUUUGGGUUUUGGUAGAUACCAUAUUAUGGGAUGUUUAAAAGUGAAGAAGAAGGUCGAGUCACAUUUUGUUCUGCCAUAAUGUAGGCAGCCCCUGCUGUCCUUGUCAUUAGAUAUUAUAUCGAAGGUGCUGUCAUCUUUAUUUUAGCUAGAAUAUUUUAAAGGAAUUUUUAUGUUUUGCCUUUUUCCCCUAAAAUUAAUAGCUGUUUUUUUUUUUUUUUUUUAAAUAUGUUUUUAUAUUUUAAUUGCUGUUACAUUUAUUUAAAUGAAUGUCCAUGUUCUCAUUAACUGAUCUAGAGGGGCCCAAGUUGGCAGCUUUCAUCAGCCCAUAUAUAUGGCCACCCUAAUUUGAGUUUGACACUGUGAGCUGAACUAGUAAUAACUUUGUAGCAGAAAGCAAAGGGGAAAUCAUUAGACAGUUACUUUUUAGAGCAGUGGUGCAUGGAGUGAUCUCUGCAGGCCCCAUUAUGUUGGGCAUAUACGCUUAGAGUGAAGCACUCUGAUUGGGCCCUUCCAAAUGGGCCUAAGACCAAUGACAUCCUGGUGAAUUUGAAACAAGUGAAGCAGCCAUAUGCACAUUCUAGCAGCAAUCGCCAACUUUUUUCACCCCAUGGACCAGUGUAAAGGCCAAAUUUUUUGCAAGAACCAACGGGGUGGGGUCAACUGUACGUGGUGCAUAAAUUUCAUGUGCUCCACGGCAAAUCUAUCCACGCAGCAUCAAAUUCACCAAGGCCGUGUCAAAGGUGCAUGCCACUUGAAAUGCGCGCUCGGUGGCCCAGUUCAGGUAUGUCUGCAGCCCGGUACUGGGCUGCGGACCGGCGGUUGGGGACCCCUGCAUUAGAGAAUCAGGAGUAAGUUGUAGGGCCUACAGAUCUCUUGCAUGAGAGAAUAAAGGUGGCCAUACACGGGCCGAUAAAAGCUGCCGACAGACUGUGUCGGCAGCUUAUUGGCCCGUGUAUGGGGGCCCCCGACGGGCUUCCCCGAUCGAGAUCUGGCCGAAAGUCGGCCAGAUCUCGAUCGGAUGGGUUUAAAAAUCCCGUCGGAUCGCGGCCGCAUCUGUUCGUUGAUGCGGCCCCACGAUCCGACCGCCCGUUUGCCGAAUGCUAGGAUCCGAUCGUUGGGCCCACGAUCGAAUCUGCCCGAUAUUGCCCACCUCAAGGUGGGCAUAUCGGAGGGAGAUCCGCUCGUUUGACGACAUCGCCAAACGAGCGGAUCUAUCCAUGUAUGUCCACCUUAAGACUGUUUAUAGUCCUGUCUCUUCACUUUGGAUCCCCAUCUCAGCAUUCUUCAGCAUAUCAUGAAGACUAAAGCAUUGUGGUUAUUAUAGUUCAACAACAACAGGGACCCAAGGUUAAGAAUCUGGGCUUAUAGAAGGACAGGUUUUUCUGAUUUGGUGGUUAAUGCUUUACUAGACCCCCACCCAAUGAUUGUUUACAAGUAAGGUGUUGUUACACUACUGUGGGGCUAUGGAAAGAAUUGAAUCAUGUACGUCAUGCUGGACUCCUGUUGUUGUUGUUCUUGCCCUUGCAAUAAAUAUUAGAUGUGA